UUGGUUGAUUGAGCAAGAAGGUGAUUGCUUAGAAAGAUGGAGAAUUGGGGCCCGGUUUUCGUGUCGGUGUUGCUGUUCGUGAUCUUGACUCCGGGAUUGCUGUUCCAGGUCCCCGGAAAGCAGAAAUGCGUGGAGUUUGGCAACUUCCACACGAGCGGCGCAUCGAUCAUCGUCCAUUCCCUCCUCUACUUCAGCCUUGUCUGCGUCUUCUUGCUCGCCAUCAAAGUACACUUGUACCUGGGAGCGAAAGAAAUGGCGGAUUGGGGACCGGUGGUGAUAGCGGUGGUGCUGUUCGUGCUGUUGAGCCCGGGCUUGCUGUUCCAACUGCCGGGGAGAAACCGUGUUGUCGAGUUCGGGAACAUGCAAACCAGCGGGUUGUCUAUACUAGUCCACACUGUCAUCUUUUUCGGCCUCAUCACCAUCUUUCUCAUCGCUAUCGGUGUCCACAUCUACACCGGUUAGCCAUUCCCUCCGCGACCUUCCAUCUCCCAUGCCGGGAGUAGAGUUACCAUAUGAUGCUAGUCGUUUGCAUUAUGUUUGAUUCGACUAUUCGGAAUAUUGAUUGAGUUCUAAGGACUUUGUUAUUCUCGUUCUUUGCUGAUAAUUCCGACGCAGGGUGUAGUGAUUGAUGUAUAUGAGUUCAGUUCCGUCUGGUGCUGGAGCGUGCGCUUAUCGUCAAUAGAUAAUCUCAAUGUCACACUGAUAAAAUACCUUCAGUAUGCUCUUGUUAAA